AUGUUCAAGCACAUUCGCGUCGCAUACUCCAAGCAUGGACGCAGUCUCUUCAGCGACGAUCGAUUCGAGACGCUAUGGAAGAUCUUCGAAGCCAUGGUCUCUGAAGAGAGCCUUGAUACUGUGACCUGUGUUCUGGAUGGCCUGGAUGAGUGUAUCGAGGAAUCGCUCAGCCCUUUGUGGAUCAAGAUCCGAGGCCUCACCCUCUCGCAAAGUCAGAACUCAACCCCAAAACCAAAGGCACGCCUGAAAAUCAUCAUCACUAGCAGGAACUAUCCAGAUUCGUUCGAGCACUAUCUUCACUGCUUUCCGCGCGUCAAACUGGAGUCCGAAUUGAACGAAGAGAUCAAGAAAGACGUUGCGAAAUAUAUCGACCACCGAAUGGAGGAGCUCGCAUGCGCAGAAAGGAGAAAACCAAGCUUGCAUUUGCUGCGGGCAAACGUUAAGCGUAAGCUCGUGGAGGGAUCUAACGGGACUUACCUCUGGGUCAAUUUCGCAAUCAGCUCACUCAAGAAGGAAGCCUGCCCAGAGCUUGAGGCCGCCCUUGACAAGUUCCCCCACGGGCUUGAUGGCAUGUAUCGUCGCAUGUUCCUGUCUAUAUUGCGCUCCAAAAGAGCUGUCGUCAUCUCAAUUCUUCGAUGGGUCGCCACCGCAUUCCGUCCUCUCACCUUAGAGGCCCUAGGCGUUGCGCUGGACUUACCCACAGCUAUAGGACAAGAGCUCGAUGACGCGGUUAAUGAUUUCGUCAAUUAUGCAGGCGAUCUCCUACUAGUGACACCUCGAGACCCAAAAUCGGCGACAAGCACAAAGAUUGUUCUUCCUGUUCAUGCUUCCAUGACGGACUUCUUGUGGCAAAUUGAUAACACCUAUGGCGAGCUUGCAGAAUUCCGACUGGAUCAUUCGAAUUGCCAUAAAACUCUCGGAAGGAAGGCCCUUGACUAUGCUAUGAUCGUAUUCAAAGACUGCCCGGAAGUUGAGAUUAGCAACCCUGAUGACGCUAGCUACCAUGAACCAUACCGCCGAUAUCCUUUGUUUGAAUACGCUCUGACUGCAGGGCUUCGACAUCUCACAACAGCAUCGAAAGAUUACCCUGAUCUCUCUCAUCCGUUAUUCGAUGAAGAAAACGGUUUUCAUCAACCAUGGAUGCGUGCGCAGUGUCUCGCAGCAUCGAACCUAUGGGUCUCUGGGAAUAUCAGCAUACUGCACGUUGCAGCCCUGCUUGGACACGUCAAUUUGGUGGCAUACUACCUCAAAGUAUUCCCUGAUCGCAUCGACACGCGAGACGAAAGACAGCGCACACCACUAUUCUUCGCCGUGCUCAGGGAGCAUGCCGAAAUGGUGGCGGACUUGCUACGGCGCGGCGCUGAUCCUAACAGCAAAGACUUUGUCAGCCAAACACCACUUCACAUUGCAUGCGCAACGGAUUGUCAAUCUGUAGUCGUCAGUUUGCUGGAAAGAGGCGCCGACACCAACGCAUACAGCAUGGCUAAAGACUCUGUCUGGGGCAGCCUGGAAGCAGGAAGCUUACUCGACGAUGACCGCACCCAAGGUGAGGAUGACUCUCUUCGUAACAAUAAAGCCCAUACUACAGGAACCGCAAUCCAUUUCGCAGCAGAGUACAACCAGUACCAAUACAUCAAUCUUUUGAUCAAGUAUGGAUCUAAAGUCAGCGCUGUUGAUGGUCGCGGUCAGACUGCCCUGCAUCGAGUGGUAAGGAUUGAGCCGCAUCACACGGAGUCUACCAAAGCCCUUCUUGAUGCGGGAAUAGAUAUUCUGGCGAAAGACGACCGAGGACGAACGGCAUUUCACAUAGCCGCGACUUCAUGUGACAACGAUGAUACUGAUCACGACGACUCAAUGGCACUUAUGCUCGAUGCCAAGUUCCCUGUUGAUGAACCAACGUCUUCCAAAGAACUGUCCUUGGAUGGAAUCACCGCUCUGCAGAUCGCGUGCGGAGCAGGUUUGCAUGCAUCUGUCAAGAAUCUGUUAAAGCGUGGAGCCAACGCAAAUCAUCAAGACAAACAAGGUCGGACGCCACUCCAUCAUUUAGCUGGGCUGGUACAAGACAUCAGCGGCAUAUUCGCCCCAUCGAUCGCUUCAACGCUGUUGAGAAGUAUGAGCACUUCAGGCAUACUUGCCACCGACUCAAAGCGACAAACUGCCCUUGACGUAGCACGGGCAACAUGGGCAAAGUUCGAGACCGAAUACAAUGAGUCAGAAGGAGGAGAUAAGCUUAGAAGAAAGUUUCGUCAGUCGUGGCUCGCAGGAUCGCCAAGUCAGAAACAAUCAGUUCACAGCGUGAUCAAGAGUUAUGUCGCUCUGAUCACGUCGGUUCUGCCGGAGGCAGCUGAGGACAACCUCCCUUCGUUUAUAGGAAUCGCCAGCCCUUCGGAGGAAGAUACACGAUUCUGCGAACUUUUGCGCAAGCAAAGGCAGGAAUAUCGCGCGAUGCAAGCGCAAGGACUUUAA